AGUGUAAAAUUUAUUCAAUACCAACUAACUAUGAUGCGGAGGAAUAAUUAAUUUGAGAUUGAUACAAAUAAUCAUAAUUUAUGAUUAUCCAUUAAUCUCUAUUUCAUUAAACAAAAAUCACAAAAUUAAACACUUUAUCUAUUGAAACAAAAAAAGAGCUUUGCGGCUUUCCCUCUGUAUCAGAAUCUAGACGGAGUCGUACUGAACUUAACAAGUGGCCGCCGGAAAACGUAGGCGGAGUUGGUCGUCAGCCGCCGGAACCAUUGAGAAAAUCAUCCAGCAAGUUUUCCUGGGUGCGAUUCCAGUGCUUGUGAGAAUCUUAAAAUAUGGUUCAAGUGUUGAAUUCAUUCCAACUACUUCAAUUUAAAACUUCUUCUUUCUUUGGAAUCAUCCCAAAACCAUUCAUUUUCGUUCAACCCCAAAGUACAAGUUUAAUUAAGAAACCUUUAAUUAUCAAAGCUAGGGCAAAUGCUAGAAAAGAAAGUGCUAAAAUUCGAAACAGAAAGAUGCAGAAAAAGUUUAAUGGAACAUCAACACAUCCAAGACUUUCAGUAUUUUGCUCAGAUAAGCAAUUGUAUGCAAUGCUUGUAGAUGACCAAAAUAAGAAGUGUUUAUUCUAUGGAAGCACGCUGCAGAAAUUGUUCCGAGAAAAUCCUCCUUGUACCACUGUUGAAGCUGCUCAACGUGUUGGGGAGGCACUUGUCAAAGCCUGUAUUGAUCUCAACAUAAAUGAAAUAUCGUCCUAUGAUCGCAAUGGUUUUGGUCGUGGAGAAAGACUAAACGCCUUUGAGAUUGCCAUUUCCAAUUUUGGAUUCUUGCCUAGAUAGGUAUGUAACUGAUAUUGUUGCUCUCUUGUCAAACACAUUUGAAGCAUUCUACUGUAGAAGUCAAUCUUAUCGGGACAGGAAGAGAUUACAUUAUCCGAAGUUGCAAGCUUGGUUGAUUGAUCAUGUAAAUAAGAACUUUAAAAUAGGACUGUAUUUGUUGUAAUCUUGUUGAAACUUAUUUUAACCUCAGAUAAUAUCAUAAUUAAGUGAAAACUUGCCUAAGUAGUAGAAGGAGGGGAAACAUUUGAUUAGUUUCACUUAAACAUAUUUCUUACUUAAUGAUGGUAUCAUUACAUGUUAAAUAUGUUUUAAUGGUGUGAAAUUAUGAAUUACAUGACGUUUUUGCA